AGAAUGGUAAGCUCCCAAAGUAGGGUGGACCGCCAUCACAAAUGGCCUUGUGGAGAACACUGAGCUAGCAGUAUUAUAUUCCUGAUGAAUGAGCUUGCGUUCAGGCAGCUGGCUAAUUGCCUCAGUGUUUCCUCGCCCACCAGCACGGUCUUGGCCAGAGAGUGUGUUUCACAUGUCCCGCCUCGAAGAAGUUGACAAGCGGUAGCUUCUAAAUCAGUUCUUCUACUUCAUAGAUUUAUUCAUAGAUUGUGAGACAAGUUGAAAUGAUUCUGAUGUUAACAAUCUUAACAUUGAAAGUUGAUUUCCUGAUUAUUUUUUCAGAUCCUUCUUUAAAAGAUGUCAAUGUGAUCUUUGUUGUUGGUGGCCCGGGUUGUGGCAAGGGCACCCAGUGUGACCGUAUCGUCCAGAAAUAUGGCUUCACUCAUCUUUCGUCGGGUGACCUUCUACGGGAGGAGGUGGCCUCUGGAUCGCCGCGUGGGAAGGAACUCAAUGCGAUCAUGGAGAAGGGAGAACUCGUCCCAUUGGAAGUUGUCCUACAACUGAUCCGUGAGGCAAUGAAAAAACACGCUGCAACGUCCAAGGGCUUCCUGAUCGAUGGAUAUCCAAGGGAGCUCGAGCAGGGAAUCAAGUUUGAGAAAGAGGUGGCACCCUGUAAACUGGUGUUAUAUUUUGACGUCGCUGAGGACACGAUGGUCAAGCGCCUCCUGAAGCGCGCAGAGACCAGCGGUCGCGUUGACGACAAUGAAGAAACUAUCAAGAAACGAUUGGCUACGUUCAGUAAACAUACAGCACCCGUUAUAGGUCAUUACAAAACUCAAGGAAAACUAGCUGAUAUCAAAGCUGAGGGAACUAUUGAGGACAUUUUUGCCGAAGUCAAGAAGCAUGUUGACCAAACUGUCUCGAACCCCCUGAAGUCUGCCACGGUGAUCUUUGUGGUGGGUGGACCCGGUUGUGGCAAGGGCACCCAGUGUGACCGCAUCGUCAAGAAAUACGGAUUCACCCAUCUGUCGUCAGGUGACUUGUUGCGAGAAGAAGUGGGGUCUGGAUCGCCCCGUGGGAAAGAACUCAACGCAAUCAUGGAGCGUGGGGAGUUGGUUCCUCUUACGGUCGUACUACAGCUGAUACGGGAAGCCAUGCUGAAGCACGCAGCAACUUCCAAGGGGUUCUUGAUUGAUGGAUAUCCGAGGGAACUGGAACAGGGAAUCCAAUUUGAAAAUGAGGUGGCCGAAUGUCGCGGUGUCUUAUAUUUUGACGUCUCCGACAACACCAUGAAAGCGAGGCUGCUGAAUCGUGCCAAGACGAGCGGACGCGUUGACGAUAAUGAAGUAACGAUAGGAAAACGUUUGACGACCUUCCAUAACCACACUGAGGCUGUCCUGAAACACUACGAGGGCAACGGGAAACUACUCAAGAUCGCAGCGGAGGGAGCAAUCGAUGACAUUUUUGGUGAAGUGCAGACCUGUCUCGCCAAGGUGAACGUCAAGGCAUGAACGCAGCCAUGACACAGCAAAAUAGACCCUUCUCCACCCGACGUGCUUGAUUCUCAGUGGGUAGUCUAGGUCCCUCAAUCAUGUUCCCUUUUGUUACAUCAUUACGACACGUCAUACAGGACUGCGGGUGCUGAGUUUUUUGAGGGAAACAUCUUCUUGCCCCGAAUGUCAGGGUUCUCCACAGGCUUUUCUAAAGGUAGAUUGGACAGAUGUUUUCCAUGAGGGAUUGGAGGGGUGACCUCAGACUUUUCUCAAAGUAGGGUGGCACUCUUGAUAUUUUUAAAGAAGUUUUGUCAGUGUGCAACACAAGGUAGGGUGGCCAGCAAUUUAAGGUAGGGUGGCCCUUUAGAAAACCUUUACAAAAUUCUAGAGUAAGGUAAGGUGGUAAGGUGCCAAGGUAGGUAGGGCAGCCCUGACAAAUGGCCUUGUGGAAAACCCUGAAUAUUCUCAGGACUAUAAACUUGGGAGGACCGUAAUCUCUGUUUACAAGUUUCAGCCAUUCAUAUCCAAAGGAAAAAAUGUACCUUAUCAGAUUGGAUAGAUGUUUUCCAUGAGGCAACGGUGGGUCCCUCCCUGAAGGUUUCCCUCAGUCCUGUAUACGUCUGCUAAUGAUAGGACUUUGAACAAGUUUCCUGGUCCUGACUGAGAUUUUCUUCAUUCAGUCUGCUUCUGAGAAGCAGAGACAGUCUGUUCAGUUUAUACUUUAUCACCGCAGUUUAUUAGCUGCAGUAUUCAACAUAGUAUUACAUAGAUUUACUUGGUUUUCCCCAUGUAGAUUCCAUAUGAAAAUACAUGUAGACUGUGCUUGAUUAUGUAUCGGCACUGUGUGGUGCACUUAGAUCUGUGGAGAGGGGUUUAUUAAUAAAGUAUCUGAUCAGUUAGACAGUACUACAAAUGCAGAUUUGCAGGUAUAGACAUAUGAAUACUGCCUCUAAACUCUGCUUAUCAGCAUGCUUUUUGUUCAUAUUUUUAUGUUCGAUCACUUUCCCGCUCUUACGGUUAGAAAGUGCUGGGCAGUGAAAAAAACAUGUUUCUUCCAAGACGUUUUGCGCUGGAGGACAAAUCGUCUCCUUGAAUUAUUAUACUUCCAAUACUUUAUUCUUAUGAAGUGACGAGUUUUAGAAACAAAAUACUCAAUCGUAAUCAAGUGGCUUUACAUCAGUACUUAGUAGUCUUCCCUGGGUUGGGAAACUCAUGUUGUUUUAUUCAACUGAAUGAAGAGGUUAACCUUGCUUGAGUACUUAGUGGUCUUCCCGUUGACUAGGUUGGGAAACUUAGAUUGUUCCAUUCAACCGUAAUGUAGUGGUUCAUUGCAUUAGUACUUAGUAGUCUUCCCAUUGGGAAACUUAGAUUGUUCCAUUCAACCGUAAUGUAGUGGUUCAUUGCAUCAGUACUUUGUAGUCUUCCCAUUGGGAAACUUAGGUUGUUCCAUUCAACCGUAAUGUAGUGGUUCAUUGCAUCAGUACUUAGUAGUCUUCCCAUUGGGAAACUUAGAUUGUUCCAUUCAACUGUAAUGUAGUGGUUCAUUGCAUUAGUACUUAGUAGUCUUCCCAUUGGGAAACUUAGAUUGUUCCAUUCAACCGUAAUGUAGUGGUUCAUUGCAUUAGUACUUUGUAGUCUUCCCAUUGGGAAACUUAGGUUGUUCCAUUCAACCGUAAUGUAGUGGUUCAUUGCAUCAGUACUUAGUAGUCUUCCCAUUGGGAAACUUAGAUUGUUCCAUUCAACUGUAAUGUAGUGGUUCAUUGCAUUAGUACUUAGUAGUCUUCCCAUUGGGAAACUUAGAUUGUUCCAUUCAACCGUAAUGUAGUGGUUCAUUGCAUUAGUACUUAGUAGUCUUCCCAUUGGGAAACUUAGGUUGUUCCAUGCUGAUCUACCGACGCGAUGCGUCUAUCCAGACUUUAGGAUUGAUGUACACUGCAUGUAAGUCGGCACGAGGUUGGGAGACAACGGUUGUUUUAUUCAACGCUAUAUACAGUUAAACUCACCAGGAAAUGUUCAUAUAUUUUUCCAACAAAUAGUGCAAAAAUCACCAAAAUUAAAAUACCAUAAUUGAAGUACAAGAUGAAAAGAAAGUGCUAUUUUUUUCAGUUUAUAUUAUUUCAAUUUGUUAACUUAAAACUUGCAUGCCUUAUUAUAAAAAUAUCGCUAGUUUUUGCUGAAGGCUUACUAACUUGCAUGUCUGCUAAUUUAUCGUUUUCUGUAUUAUUGUUAUUUAAAUAAUUGCUUUAAUUCUUUCGCUACCGCAGGGUUUUUAAAGUGUGCUGUACCCCUGGCCCGCACCCGGUAUAGACCGACUUGGUUUAAGGAAAAGUUUCAUUGUGAAAUAGCUUCCAUUAUCCAAUCUUAGGGAUGAGAUCUGCACUGAGUUGAGUGCAGUUCUGACAUCUGUUUUUUCAGGUGUGACCAACCAAAAAGUUAUAGGGACUGUGGUUGAACAAUAGAACUUGUGGAAAAUUUAGCAGUAUGGAUUUUUGCGGGCCAGUAGUACGCAGUGCACGGACCUAGUACAUGCCGGGUGUGGUGGCAAAAGUGUUAUAGAUUGUUAGAAAAAUGUUACUUGUUUGUAGUUCUACAGAAUACAGUUGUGUGGCAUUGGGGACAUUGUGUGGUGUGGAUCGUCCCAAUAUAGACUAUAUUAUUUAUUGUCUCAGCGAGCAUUUUACAAAAGUGAACCUUCCCAUUCCCCACUCACGAAUAUGUCUUCAAAGCUCUUCCUACCACUCACUGAGAAGUGUGCUAAGUGAGCUUGAUUUAGUCCAGUAAACACAUGCUUCAAGUUCAAUUCAUGAACAGCUGUAGUAGAAUUCCAUAGUAAUGACUCGUGCAUCAAUUGGGAGUGUCAGUCAUCCUCGUUUUGAUGCCGACUGAGACGCUGGAAAUGAACAGAAGCUGUAAUGAGACCUCUUCAGCUGGCAAAGUAAUUAAUUAAGACGUACUAAACUCGGGCCGCAUAUUGACAAUUUGGGACAGGGGUUGGUUUUAAUCUAUGUUCUAAAAGUUAUUGAUUUUGAGGUUGUGAAUUGUCUUUGAAUGAAUGAAUGAAUGAAUGUUACACUUAUAGGGCGCCUUUCCGUGGUAGCACCACGCUCAAAGCGCCACCUCCCCGAAGAAUCGAUUAUCGAUUUCUAUGCAAUUGGUUAAGGUUCAUCCUUUGUGAACAUUUAGUGGCAAUGCACAUGCGAACAUUACGUGCGCCUAUCUGUGUGGACGGCGGUUUUCUCAUACGCGACAGGUUGAGAACAUGUUCAAGCAUAAGAAUUGGGACAUGACUAAUUCUCAUCCUCCUUGUUGUCAGUCGAACAGAAAAGAUGAUUCCUCAGUAAAAAUAUGUCAGCUUCCCAGGACAAUAAAAAGCCACUGUGGGAUACUUUAUAAUCCGUCCAAAACUUUGCGUUGUGCCAAAUUGUGUAAUAUCUUCACUCGGGCACUCAUGAUGGCCAAAGAAGUGUUUAUCUAUUAAUGAAAACGUCCCAUAGAACGUGACUUUUGAAAGUGUUAAGAUGCCGAGCUUUUUUGUUUGGGAACCAUGUCUUGAACUGCUGGCUCUUUCACUAUUCAUCAUGUCCUUGUGGUGACGUCUGUGCAUUGGUUGGUGCUGCCAUCUAAUUUUAUGAAGACAAAGGUCGUUUUGAAGUCUCAGAGGGAAAGGUAACCAUCUGUUGUACUCCGCAGUGUUACUUAUGAGAAUUUGGUACCAAAUUAGCUGGAUAUUCUUAAAGAGGAGGCAGUUGGUUGUAUUUAUACUAUUGUAUAUUGACUGUUAAGAUUACUUGGCCUCCAUAAGUGUCCGGUUUAGGUAUUCUUCAUAAAAGGGUAGUAGGAGGUGACUUAUUAAUAGUAGAUGAAUAUUCUUUCAGUCUAAACUCUUCCAAUGCAGGUAACCCAAAGGUAUAUCUCCACAUAAGUAUUUUACGUCGUAAUAGGCCUUUACACUUAACAAUAUAUUCAGGUUUGAUGUCGUCUUUUGUAUUCAGAGAAAAGACCUGUUUUAGUUACGAAGUUUGCGGUCUGUCUGUGACUCCUGGUCUCUGGAUGCGGUUGUGGUAACCAGUUCUGAAAUUCUUCCUCCAGGCUACAUAGUUCAAAUAUUCUGAAAAACGCUGAAAUUUUUCACACAUGUGCAUGUUUAAUUUCGCAAUAUGGGCUCAGCGUGUGAAAGUAUUUUCCAAAUGAAUCCAUGUAAUCAGUUUGAAAGUGAAUUAAACGAUAGAAUCAAUUGAUGUGAAAUCGUAAAACUGUUUUUUGCAAGUUUUAAGCAGUGUGAUAAUUCAAUGUUUAAUAAUGUCUUGCCACUGCGAGAAGCUUUAUAGAUACUUAACAUAACCUCCCUGUUCCUUCUCUAGCUUGUCAUUUAAACCUCGGGUAUUGAAAUUUUAGUCAAUUAUAGUUGACACGUUUAAAGUUUGUGUCGCCAUUAUCAAUGUAUGUGUGAAAUUUAAUACCUGUGAAGUAAUGUUUAUACCAAUAUUGUCAUAUUAAUUCUGCUGCUUAAUAAAUACCUGUCAGUUGA